UAUAUCCUUAAAAUUUCGCAAAUUUAAUCCUCGAUAUUUUUUAAAACAUAUUCUUAUAAAAAAGAAAGAGCGUAGCUGCUCUUGUGUCUUCAGAUCGAAAUAUCAAUUCCUCUUACUAAUCGCUACAAUUUUCUUUCAUGUUAGUCAGGGGAAUUGGCGUUAGAUCACGACAAAAAUUACUUAACUGAUGAUUUUCGUUAUUCUCAUCACCUGCCGUUUUGGUAAUGAACUAAUAUGUUAAAGAGAAAUCAAAUGUUGAUCAAUCUUGGGAAUUAAAGAAUGGAACAAUAUUCCAGACUAUCAACCGAAAGGUAAUUAAAGACGCCGCAGUUAAGUUAUGAAAAGCUAUGGAUCCCACAAAUCGCUAAAUUCUAAUAAGAUUUCCGGGUGUUUAUACAAAAACACACGAUAAGAAAUGUAGAACGACAAUAACUGAAAAGAUAAUCGUGUUGUGGUCUUUGCUGAAGUAUAAUAAUCAAUUUGUACUUAAAAAGUAGGAAAAUUUCAGAGCCUUUUUUGGUGGGAUUGUGUGCAGUUGAUUUCUUCUGAACAAUAAACAAGAUUGUAAAUAAGAGUGUUUAUGACAUCACGGCGUUAGGCAGGCACUCCUUUGGAGGAAAUGGGGUUAUGUGAAAAGCGCUUUCUGUCGCAUUUUGGCGCGCCGCAGGCGUUAGCCAUUUAAAGAUUUUAGAGUGGUUAGCGUAUGUCAUGGCUGGGAUUUGAAAAAUCCCACCACGAACACCGUCAAAACACUUGAGGCCUGCUGAGUGUAGCAUGAAAAUCUCUUCAAACGGCGAGAAUAAUCUCACGAAUUCUGUGAAAAUCCUUCGCAUGAAUAAACAAGACACCUAAGUGACACUUAACAAAUAUAUCAACAAGACGCUUUGCUUGUAGAAUAAGCCCGUCUUUAGAAAAACACGGCGCACUCGCUUGAAAAUCGAAGCAAACCGUUCUGGUUUUGAUUACGACAAGAGAGCAUCAGGGCGGGCAGAGGGUGUGACGCAGUCAAGGGCUAAGUGCUGUAACAUAAAACGAGGAUAACUUGAAGUGAUUUUGUUCCGAAAUUCCUUCCACGCCUGGAGAUAAAAUAUCUGUUUUAUUGAAGUGAAUGGUUUACUCUCAGACAGGACACAUCAUUAGGACCACACAACAAAGGCACUACUCACUAAACGGCUACUAACUAUCGUCUUAAAUAACAAUUUGACACCGCCAGACAUAAGUGAUUUAAUCGCGCGCUGAUUGGUCAAUCGAGGUGUCACGUUACGCGAGCUGUAAAAUCCUUUGAAAGGCCAAUUUCCUGGUAUGGGAAACGUAACAAGACACUGGAAAAGCCACACCGCUUGGCUAACACCGAACGUUCUGGGACAGAGCGCGGUUCAUAAGGUUAUCGCUGAACUAUUAUAAAUGAAAAAGCAAUUACGCUGAUCAGUAAAUUGAAGGCAGAUUGGUCACAAGUUUGACAAGAGCCAGGCAAAUUGAACAGGCGAUCACCGUGCGCGCGUGUAUAAAAGCGGUUGGCGAGAAGUGUGUACAGUUAUUUUGCAGAACCAUGGCGUAUCAGCCUUUUGAAGCACCAGCACUAGAGUCGUACGCUCACUCUCCUGUAGGAUCAGCCUGCAGUUCUAGUGGAUCAGAAACAAGCUUGAGCCCAACACCAUCGCCACAAGCCCUGUAUUACCCUGCAGGGCGAAGAGUCACACUCUCUUAUCAGAAUCACUGUCAGUCGUAUAUGAAAAGACUCUACACAAACAGCAGAGAGAGAUGGCGACAACAGCAUGUUAACCUGGCGUUUGGCGAGCUUAGAAAACUUCUGCCUACUUAUCCGCCCGAGAGGAAACUCUCAAAAAACGAGAUCCUUAGACUAGCGAUGAAGUACAUCGGAUUUCUGGACAAUUUGCUCAAAGACAUGGGCGAUGAGACUGAGCCGCAGAACAAAGAUUCACGCCACGAUGCUUCCGAUCCAAAGUUUAAGGAGGAAAAACAUGAAAUCGAAAAAUUGCCCUGCGAAGGGCACACGAACUACUGCCGUUCAUCAAUGGACGAAAUGGACACAAAUAAACACGACUCAAGCACUGUGUCGAUAUUUGAUUCGUCUUAGACUUGUGAGAAGAUACCUAAAUAUAUACCACGAACAGACAUGUCACAUUUCCCGUGUUAAUAUCGCGGUCUGAUAUUAAAUGAUAUCAAUAUGAUAUCUCACGGAGUAGCAACGACAUGCAAUACUUUGACAAAACGAGAUCAAGACAUUUUGUAACUGAACUGGGACAGUAAAUACUGUAGUUAUUUCUAUAAUGCUGCUCUCUGUAAUCGUGUUUACUGUUAUGCUUAACUUGUGUAAAUAGGUUUUCAUUCAUGCUGUGUUUUUUGCUGGUUUGUUUAUUUAAGAACUAAAAUGUCUCUCAUGUGUAAUAAGUAACGAUGUUGAACCUUUUAAAAGUAUUAUGUUUAUCUGUCCAAAGAUUUGCCAUCUAAAGACAGUGAACGGUGUAAUUAAUAAACACUUUCUCUGAUCAAGAUCUUGUCAUUUUGUGUUAUCACCAGCCUAAAUUCCGUUCCUGUUUUAGUCAUUUUUGUGAUUUUGUGUAAAUACAAACACAAAAUCUGAUCUAGCGGAGGUGUUAAUCAAAUUUUCACACGCAACGCGAAGGCGCGAGGAUGUUACAACUACUGGAUCAAACAAACAGGGCUGACACACAAACCGGGGGAAAAUUCGAACCGCUAUCACAAACAAAGAAUUCUGUUUUGCCUAUUUUCGUGCCGCUGGGAGAUCGGCUACGAUUGAAAACAUCAACCUACUUCAUUCAAGUGUAAUGUUUCUGUCUAAUUCGGAGAUUGCAAAGCUGAUAAACAGAGUAACAUUAAAUUAAUGAGGGAUCAAAGACGACAUAUCUGAGAGAGAAAAGAUCACUUUGACAGGAAGGUCGCCAAAGCACGGCAAUGCGUUGUAAAAACAGCACUAGGAAUGAUCGAUAUAUGGGCUGUUUAGCUUAACUGUUGUAGAUAAAACUCACAAAUUUGCAUCUAGAUUGCCUCUUUACUUUCCCGGAAAUUGUCCAACAUUUUUUCAUUUGCCCACACCUAAUUUUUUUCCUACAAAACCUCCCCUACAGAGAAUUUGAAUUUAUUAGUAAACUUUUCAUCUUGUAAAAUUGGAUCACUUUGCAAUUUAGCCUGUCUAAAAUGUCUUUGUUUGUACAUUCUCGUCUGGGUAAACAUCACGAGAUAUUUGUACAACCAGGCUGUAAAAGACCGUAUCGACUUUGGCUUGGAGUUGUAAAAUUCUAGGAACUAUAUCUUUUGCAAUCAGUCGUUUUCGAUCAAUUUAAUAGGGUACAAUAACUCGAACAAAUAGAUGUUACUUCUAUUUUGAAAACUAUGCAACUAAAAAUAACCAAGUUGAAAUAUCCACAACAGAAAGUGAUUUCAAAACAAACAGUCA